UUUUUUUUUUUUUUUUUUUUUUUUUUUUUUUUUUUUUUUUUUUUUUUUUUUUUUUUUAAAUUUUUGGUCUUUCUUGAGGAACCCUUUUGCUAAUUGCUGAGCCCAGAUCGGCUGAAGGCGACGAUUUCGAUAUUGUGACCUAAUGAUGGCUGAGAAGAAAGUUAUAGUCAUUUGUCAGUCAGGUGGUAAAUUUGAGACCAGUGCCGAUGGUAUACUUUCUUAUGAAGGUGGUGAUGCCCAUGCUAUGGAAGUUGAUAACAAAAUGAAGUUUAAGGAUUUCAAGUUGGAGGUAGCAGAGAUGUUUAAUUGCAAUCUUGCUACCAUGUCGAUCAAAUACUUUCUUCCAGGGAACAAGAAGACCCUUAUCAGCAUCUCCAAUGACAAAGAUCUCAAACGCAUGAUCAAAUUUCAUAGCGACUCUGACACUGCAGAGAUUUAUGUUGUGAUGGAAGAAAUUGUUGCCCCUGAAGCGUCCUACAUGCCGGGCAGUAGGUCAAGUAGGACAUCUUUGUCUGAAGCUGCCGUUCCCCUUAAUGCUUCCCAAACUAUGAUGAACAAUGCUGUGGAUGAUAUAAGUGAGCCUGGUCUUCUGCUUGAUGCCACUUUUGAUAUGGUCAGUGAUGCCAACCAUGACGAGGCGCAAACUGAUGUACCAACUGAGAUUUCUGUACCUACUGAAAUGCCUAUGCCAAUUUCUUUUGUUGGUUCCUACAGUGAAAAGCAUGCUAAAGUCGCAGAGAAGUGGCAGGACAAUAUUACUGGUGUGGGCCAAAGGUUCAAUAGUGUACAUGAAUUUCGCGAGGCAUUGCGCAAAUAUGCCAUUGCACAUCAGUUUGCUUUUAAGUACAAGAAGAAUGAUAGUGAUCGUGUAACUGUAAAAUGCAAAUCAGAGGGCUGUCCUUGGAGAAUUCACGCAUCAAGGUUGUCGACCACCCCACUGAUUUGCAUUAAGAAAAUGACUCCAACACAUACAUGUGAAGGUUCCAUGGGAACAAAUGGUUAUAAGGCAACAAGAAGUUGGGUUGCUAGUAUCAUCAAGGAAAAACUUUCAGUUUUCCCAAACUAUAAGCCGAAGGACAUUGUCAAUGACAUCAAACAGCAAUAUGGAAUCCAGCUAAACUACUUUCAGGCUUGGCGGGGCAAAGAGAUCGCCAAGGAGCAGCUUCAGGGUUCUUAUAAAGAGGCAUAUAGUCAGUUACCAUUUUUCUGUGAGAAGAUAAUGGAAACAAAUCCAGGAAGUCUAGCUACAUUCACUACUAAAGAAGACUCAAGCUUUCAUCGCCUCUUUGUUUCCUUUCAUGCUUCUUUAUAUGGCUUUGAACAUGGCUGCCGUCCUUUGCUUUUUCUGGAUAGCAUAUUUUUGAAGUCAAAAUACCAAGGAUCUCUGUUGGCUGCUACAGCUGCUGAUGGGGACGAUGGAUUCUUCCCUGUUGCUUUUGCUGUUGUAGACACAGAAUCUGAUGAAAACUGGCGAUGGUUUCUACAACAACUAAAAACUGCUCUGUCAAAUUGUCAUGGAUUAACUUUUGUUGCUGAUAGAGAAAAGGGAUUGAGAGAGUCAAUUGCUGGAAUUUUUCAGAAUGAGGAUGUUCACCAUGGUUUCUGCCUGCGCUAUCUGUCUGAGCAGUUUCUUAGAGAUUUGAAGGGAAAAUUUUCUCAUGAAGUGAAGCGUCUUAUGGUUGAGGAUUUUUUCAGUGCUGCUCAUGCCCCUACGCCUGAAGGUUUUCAUAGAUGUGUCGAAAGCAUUAAAAAUAUUUCAGUCCAAGCACAUAAUUGGAUCAUGCAAAGCGAGCCCGUUCACUGGGCAAAUGCAUUCUUCCAGGGUGCACGAUAUAACCAUAUGACGUCAAAUUUUGGGGAGCUGUUCUACAACUGGGUACGCGAUGCACAUGAAUUGCCCAUAACGCAGAUGGUUGAUGCGAUACGGAAUAAAAUUAUGGAACUAAUUUAUUCUCGCCGUUCAGAAUCUAUUGAUUGGCUGAGAAGGUUGACUCCCUCGAUGGAAGACAGACUAGAGAAGGAAAGUGCUAAAGUUAGUACACUUCAGGUAUUAAUAUCAGCUGGUAACAGAUUUGAGGUUCGUGGAGAGACUGUUGAAGUUGUUGAUGUUGAUAACUGUGAUUGUAGUUGUAAGGGUUGGCAGCUUACUGGAUUGCCUUGUUCUCAUGCAAUUGCUGUCAUUGGUUGUCUUGGCCGAGACCCACAUGAUUAUUGUUCCAGAUACUUCACAACUGAGAGUUACAGAACAACAUAUUCUCAGUCAGUACAUCCUAUUUCAAAUGUAAAUGGCCCUUUUCAGAAGGGCACUUCUCAGCUUGCAGUAACUGUAACCCCUCCCCCAACUCGUCGUCCACCUGGACGGCCUACUACUAAAAAAACUGGCUCACAAGAUGUGGGAAAACGGCAAUUCCUAUGCAGUAGAUGCAAGGGUACUGGCCACAACAAGUCGAAUUGUAAAGAGCUUUUGUUGGAGUGUUAGGCUUGUAAGUAGAUGUUUCUGGCAGAGCUAGUUUAGAUUCUAUUUACUGUCUUUGGACAUGCAAUAACCAACACAUCCUUGCUAACCUCAAUAAGAGGACAGGAAGCAGUUCGGUGCAACUACAUUUUCUAUGCUGUUGUUCUCAAAAUUAAUGCAUAUGUAUGAUCUGUGUAGUUUGGUGUCA